UUGGCCGAUUCGAAAGUGUGGCUGUUGGUGUUUUAUCUAACUUUGCAAGAGACUGAUGGAGUUAUUUGCAGAAUCUAAUAACAACCACCACACUCCAGAACUUAUUUCAUUCAUUCACAUAUAGAUAUUUAUAUGUAUGCAAUUUCUGUUGUAGUUGUAAUGACAUAUCGUAAUUGACAUGUCAUUUGUGGAGAGAUUCGGCUAAUGUUAUGUUGAAGAUAUAUGGUUAUCAGCAGUCCGUGUCUCUGGAUAAGCGAUAGGACAAACAAGCAGGUUAAAUUGUAAGCGACCUCAAGAAAGGAAGGAAAAAAUAACAAACAAACAAGGAAGGUGGUUUAUUGGUGGAGUUGGUGCUGGUUUUUUCCUUAUGUUUUUAAUUACUGAUUAACUUAAUGAAGAUCAGAAUGAAUGAUAAUCAGAAUGAUACUCCCUCUACUUUACCCAAUGUUCAAACGUUACCUUCUUUCCAAACCACAAGUCUCCCUCAUACCGCCUGUAAUACCGACUGCAGUGCUAGUCAUCAUCAUCUUUACCACCACCGGCCGCUUGUUUCACAGACAGCCAUCAACACUAACACUACUGGUCCAACAACGUUAACAUCUUUGUCGUCCACGUGUGAAACCAUGGAAGUUAAUCGCCACAGUAAGAAACCAGAACGUCACUUUCCUAGGAACCAACAUAACACUAGUAUUUUUGCAGAAGUGGAAUUUGGGCCAAAAGGAACUUUGAUGGACAACUCUAGACUCAUAACAAUUCCGGAACAAACAGGACAGAAACUAAAAUGGUCAGAACCUCCAGAAACAGUUCUGGUGCUUAAAAAGUCAUUUGGUGACAAUAUGUUUGAACCAUUUAUUGAGGUUCUCUUCUGGCUUACUUAUGAGAAAAAAUUGACGGUGUUUGUAGAGUCAAAAGUUUUAAACCCUAUAUUUUUCAAGGACGAACGAUAUGACGGCAUAAAAAAUCAUCUACAAACUUUCAAUCAAGAUAAUGAAGACCUAACAGACCGCAUAGAUCUUGUGAUAUGUUUAGGAGGAGAUGGAACCUUGAUGUAUGCAGCAUCUCUUUUCCAGCAAAGUGUACCCCCAGUAAUGUCUUUCCAUCUUGGCUCUCUUGGAUUUCUUGCACCGUUCCAGUUUCGGGAAUUUAAAGAAGACAUCACACAAGUUUUAGAAGGUAACGCUACUUUACUACUUCGAAGUCGACUGGAAUGUAUUGUCUGUAAAGCUGGUACGGAACUGUCAAAAAAGAGUGACUGGAAGAAUAUUCUGGUACUGAAUGAAGUUGUUCUUGACCGAGGAUUAUCUCCCUAUUUGUGUAAUCUGGAUUUGUAUGUAGAGCGACAUUUAGUGACAUCUGUACAAGGUGAUGGUAUUAUUAUAUCUACUCCUACCGGAAGUACAGCCUAUGCUGUUGCCGCAGGUGCCUCUAUGAUGCAUCCUAGUGUCCCUUCCAUCAUGAUAACCCCCAUCUGCCCUCAUUCAUUGUCUUUCCGACCUAUUGUGGUACCAGCUGGAGUUGAGAUAAAGUUGAUGGUAUCCAAAGAAGCACGCAAUACAGCCUGGGUUUCUUUUGAUGGUCGUAGCAGGCAGGAGCUGAAGGUUGGUGAUUGUGUGAAAAUCAAGACAGCAACUCAUCCAGUUCCUUCAAUAUGUUGUAAAGAUCCCAUUGAUGACUGGUUCAACAGUUUAGCUGAAUGUUUACAUUGGAAUGUACGGAAAUUGCAAGGAGGACCUUCAUCGACCACAAGUAUGGCUAGUCUGAAUUCUGAUGAAAUAGAGUUUAAUCAUAGCAGCUAACCCCCAGUCUCUUCCUUUUGGACCCUUCAACAUCUAGCUUACACAAUCUAUUCGGCUGUUAUUGGCUGAUUGUUCAUCACACUUUUGCUGAGAGAGAGAGAGAGAGAGAGAGAGUGAGAGUGUGAGUGUGAGUGUGAGUGAGUGAGUGAGUGAGUGAGUGAGUGAGUGAGAGUUUUCUUGAUCAUUAAAAUCAUUUACUGGAAACAAAUGAGUGAUUGUCUAAUGAAGUAUAUGAAAGUCAACAUUUUAUAUAAAAGCUGGUUGUUAUUCUUAAAAUUGGACUAUUAAUGCUGGUUGUUUCCUUUUAAAUUAUUGCAGUGCAGUCGUACACUGAUUUUUGAGAUUUAUCAGCACAGACUGUACGUAAAGUUUCUUCCAAUCAAUAUAGGGCUCGGUAGUGAUACUCGGCUCUCCAUUGUUUUAUUAUUACUAUAAUUAAGGUGGUGGAGUGGUAGAAGCGUUAGAGCAUUGGACAAAUGUCUUAUGGUACUUAGUUACGACCCUUUACAUUCUGUGUUCAAAUCCCACCUAAGUCAACUUUACCUUUCAUCUUUCUGAGGUCAAUUAAAUAAAACACCAGUGCAAUACUUGGAUCAAUAUAAUUGACUAACUUCUUCUUUAAGUUCGAGGCCUUGUGCCUAUCUUCAAAAUGAUUAUUUAUUAGACACUUGGGCCAAGACCUACAAGAUUUCAUGGAAAGCCAUCUUAGACCAAUAUAACAGUAGAUGGUUAUGCUUGUUACAUAUUUUGUUAACAAUACACCCCUUCCCUAUCUUUUUUUAUUUAUACAUUUUGGUGACUGCUCCGGACUUGUGUACUUAUUUCCUGACAUUAUGUAAUGUUUAGUAUAACUAAUUAUUCAUGUUCUGUAAUUUGUUGACAUUAAUAUAGUUACAAAGAAUUUGUUUUAUAAAUGGGCUUUUCUUUUCCAUCUAACAACUUCUUAUCUUUGUACCAACUCAUAUCUUCAUAAAACAUGAAGCUGAACAGAACAUUUCUAUAUUAUAUAAUAGUUUAGACAGGAUAUUUCUAUAUAUAAAAAUUUAGACUGGGACACUUUUAUAUGUAUAAUGCAACUGUUGAGACUGGACUUUACUAUCUGUAUAAAAUAAGUAUUUAGACUGGAUAUCUUUAUCUGUAUAAUGUAACAAUUCAGACUCUUCUCCACAUCAGUUGGAUUUUCUUACCUUUGUUGACUGUUAACUAAAUGUCACCAUUUUGUGUUCUCCUCCUAACUGUGAUAAGCAUACAAGAAAUCGAAACAAGACAUUGUAAUAUUGUAAAUAAUUAUAAAACUUCAGUGACGUGAGAUAAACUUCUUGUUGUUUUGAGGCUUAAGCAGACAAAGCUAAACUGUACCUUCUCUAUUCCUUUGAGGCUUUUUCAUUGCUCAAUACUUAUUGUUUACUUAUAUAGUGAAGAAAUAAUAUAUGUAUGUGUGUAUAUUCUGAAUAUAUAAUAUAUACAUUUGUGUAUGUGCGUAUGAAAAAUUUUUAUGCCGUUACUUCAAGAGAAUAGCUUUUACAUAAGCCAAAAGAAAGAAAGCUAUGAAGCAUUUCAUAGCUUUUCUAAAUCAACAACAAUGAUCUAAACAGACCAGUGUCUUCAAUUAAUUUGCUGUAUUUCUUAUGCUGUAACUGAUCAAAUUGGCAAUGGUUGUUAACUCUCUUUGAAAUGCUAAUUUUCACUUUAAUUUAUUCUUUUGUUGAUGUUGAAUUUUUUUAGAAAAUUUCAGCUCUAUACUUCAUAUUAUUAUUAUAUAAAAAAAAAAAAUUAUUAAUUUAAUAUUCCAAAUUUUAGAUCUGAUGGCUCUACUUUCAUAACACUUCCAUUAUCAACCUGUUCAAAAAUUUGGUAACUGACUUACCAUCUUAUUGUAUUUUACAAUAUUUGAUAUUCUUAAGAGAAAAUAAAAGAAUAAACAUUUUAUAUUUCAUUCCAUUCUCAGCAAAUAAAUUGCUGUGUAAAAACAAACAAAAAAAGACUAUUAAAAUAUUUUUUUACUCAAAA